AUGGCUUCCCAAUGCGGCAACUCCUAUACGGUCCGGGCCCUCCAUUCGCCGGACUUCAUAGUCCCUGUAGAAAACUCAAACUUGACAUUGCUAUCGCAGCCCCAAAGAGGCCAUUUCACUCUUAUACUAAUAACAUCCACAAGCGAGCAGCAUGGAUGUGAAAGCUGCCAUGCCAUACGGAAAGUGCUUGGAAAAGUAGCCCAGGCAUGGACCGCAGAUUACUUGCAUCUGGGGUACCUCUACUUUGCUGAAAUCGAUCUCGUGGACCGAGGAAACUCAGAAGUUUUCAAUUUCCUCGGUUUGAAAACCGUGCCCCAGCUUUGGCUUGUACCGCCACUGAGCGUUGCAUCCAAACAUACGCUGCAGAGGCAACCGAAAAUCGACGAAUACGGGCUUGAGUAUUUUGACAACUUCGAUAUUUUGCUAGAACCACAUGCUGAGUUCAAGCUUCCGGAGGCAGCUUUUGAUGACCAAGUCUUUGCGAUGGCCGACUGGUUGGCAAAGGCUGUUCAAAAACGUAUCACUAUCAGACAGGAAAACGCAUCCACGAAGUUCAUAGCGACGUUUCUCGCGACGUUCUUGGGGAUCUUAAUCAUCAAAAAACGUGGCCCGUCGCUCAUAACGCAAACGGUGUCCAAGAAGAGAAUCUACAAGUUGGCUUUCUUUGCAUUCAUCCUCGUGCUUCUUGGAGGGUUCCUGUUUUCCCUCAUGUUGAAAGUGCCCUUCAUUGCCAAGAAUGAUAACAAUGAGCCCAUAUAUAUUAGCGGCGGCACGCUGUGGCAAUUUGGUGUCGAGAUGGUCUUGGUGGGUGGGACUUAUGGUCUUUUAGGUGCCACGCUCAUUAUGCUCGUAUACCUAGGAUCAUACGAGAUAGGCGAAACAAGCAUGAUCCAGAGCGAGUCUCAGCAUGGGCUUCUAGUGCUUUUUGUCGCUGGAAUGCUCUACUUUCUUUACAGCGUCUUGACAAGCAUGUACUUGCGCAAGGACGAGUGGUACCCCUACUAUUUUGCAAGGCUCUUCUAG